AAAGAGUUAAAAGAAUAAAGACUUGACUGUUCCUCAGAGCUUUGAAGUCUUUGAAGCUAAGUAAAGGUCCUCUCAAUCUGGUGUUAGAUUUCCAAGUAUCUUUGCCGUUUGAUUGAGAAACUUGUUUUGGGUUAUGGAUUAUGACUCGGAUGAUGCUGUUACACUCAAAUCGGAUGGAACUAAUUAUCUACUAUGGACAUAUAUGAUGUGUAAUUUCGAGAUUGAAGGAGAACUGUGGGACUAUGUAAGUGGGUCAGCGACUCGUCCUGACCCCAAAGAUAAAGAUUACAUAAAUUUGAUUAAGCAUUGGGAAUCUAUGAAUUCAACGGCUCUGUAUAUUAUCAACUUUUAUGUUGAUAGUUCCCUUAAGAAACGUUUGGAUCAUAUUAAGUCUGCUAAGGAUGCAUGGGACUACUUGGCAGGGUUGUAUGCCCGCGGUGAUGAGUCGAAUUUCGCUAAAAAGUAUCGGUUGGAGAGGGAGAUUGAGGGUGUGAAACAAAGUGGUUUUCCCAUUGCCGGAUUAUAUCGUCUUAUGCGAUGUUAUUGGCUGCAAUUAGAUGAGAUGGAGCCAAAGGAAUUGAGUGAUUUAGAGAGUUACAAGAAAUACCGUGAAGAGUCUCGGUUGGUUCAGCUUCUCAUGGCUUUACCAGAUAAAUUUGAGGAUAUUAGAAAGUCUAUGAUGGAACGUUCCCCUCUACCAACUGUUUCUGAAGCUGUGCAAGAGUUGCAAACUGUGGAGCGUAGACUAACAUAUGAUCAAUUUUCAUCUCUAUCAUUAGAUGACAAAGAUUGUCCUGCCAAGAAGACCAACAAUGAUCAGACAAAGAGAAGCAGACGAAGAAAAAAGGAUUCUCCCCAAUCAACCAGCUCUUCGACGCCAGGUAACAAUCAACCUGCUCUCUCUACUGAUCAGUGUGAUCUUCAUAAAUCCAUACUUUUUGGUCAACUGGAACCUGAGCUUUUUGGUCAAUCUCCAUUAGGGAGUGGCAAAUAUCGGCCUCCGUUCAGAAGAGAGGGAAAUUGUUCGAGCAUGGUUUCAAGUGCAGUGAAAAUUCUGAGUUACAAUGUGUGGUUCCAAGAUUUGGAGAUACAUAAGAGGAUGGAGGCUCUUGGUGAACUUAUUCAAUUGCAUUCUCCUGAUGUCAUUUGUUUCCAGGGGGUUACACCUGAUAUAUACAACAUUUUUAAGGUAUCAAGCUGGUGGAACUCAUAUAAUUGCUCAGCUUCACAUCAUAUGGCCAGUAAAAGAAGAAAUUUCUGCAUGCAGUUGAGCAAACUUCCAGUAAAAUCCUUUAGCUGCAAACCGUUCAGCAAUUCUACAAUGCUGAGAGAACUGUGGAUGGCAGAGAUUGAAGUGAGGGGGAAAUUGUUGACUGUGUCCACAAGCCAUCUUGAGAGCCCCUGCCCUGCCCCUCCUAAAUGGGAUCAAAUGCACAGUGAGGAACGUAUAGCUCAGGCAAAGGAGGCUGUUAACCUUCUUAAGAAAUUUCCAAAUGUGGUCUUUUGUGGUGACAUGAAUUGGGAUGAAAAAACGGAUGGAAAGUUUCCUUUAUCUGAUGGAUGGAUUGAUGCCUGGGCAGAUCUAAGGCCCGGUGAAAGUGGAUGGACAUAUGAUACUGUGUCUAAUCCAAUGCUGUCUUGGAACCGGCCUUUGCAAAAGCGGCCAGAUAGAUUUAUUUGCAAUCUGUGUGAUUUCAAAUUAAGUGCAAUCGACAUGAUAGGAAUGGAGGCUAUACAUGGAGUGUCAUAUAUGAAGGAGAAGAAGGUAAAAAAAGGGGUACAAAAGUCGAUGCUUCCUGUAUUGCCUAGUAAUCAUUAUGGCUUGCUCUUACAGGUUAAUAUCCAGUAAAUUAUUGGCUUGGCAUGAUAACACUUUUAAAAGCUAGGUGUUUUGAGUGUUUCCAUUGCCCCUCCAAAAAAGAUAGAAAGAGAUGCUAGGUGUGUCAUACUACGGUGUCCACCAUCCUGCAAACUCUUGUAUUAUAUUGAUGUGUGCAGCUUCUGUAAUCCUGUGAUGCUCCUUAAUUGUUGUGUGAAGUUUCUGUAUUACUUCAAAAAAAGUUUGGUUUGUAUUGUAAGGCUUAUGAUGUUUAGAAGUUUACGCUGGUGUACUGUCAUAUUGGUAUGGGAAAUGAUUGUUACAGUGUUGAUAACACGACUGCCGCACCACUACUAGUCUAAUGCUACGUUAUGUAACUGUAGUUGCAUUUCUUUUCCCCUUUGUAUUGUAAAUGGUGUUGAAUGUAUGUGUUUUUGACUAUGACUUGUUUUUGUCAACUAUAUAAAAUUAAUUUGGAUCGACCGAGAUUUUGAUCGAUCUUGGAUUGCAGA